UAAAUGAAAUGGCGUCUUCAAAAAGACUUCGCUCUCUCUCCGAGAUCUGGAACGAUGAGAACGGCGCCGGCGACACCUCUCGAUUUAGGCCGCUCAGUGCCGGUGCCAAACGUUCAGGAGCUUGCGGCGAUAAUCUCUUCAACUGAGGGAAACGGCGCCGGCGAGGUACCGGAAAGGUACGUUAGGCCGGAAGCCGAAGCAGAUCCGGUGGCGUCGCCGGCCGACGGAGAUGAGCUUCCAGUCAUCGAUAUCAGCAAGCUCAUCGAUUCAGAGUUUCUUGAGGAACAGGAGCUCGCCAAGCUGGGAUUUGCGUGCAGAGAGUGGGGCUUCUUCCAGAUAAUAAAUCAUGGAGUUUCUGAUGAAACAAUAAACAAGAUGAAGAAGGAUAUGAUGGAGUUCUUUAAGCUUCCACUGAAGGAAAAGGAGGCAAUCAAGCAGUUACCAGGUGGUAUUCAAGGCUAUGGCCAGCUCUUUGUCCAGUCUGAGGAGCAGAAGCUUGAUUGGGCUGAUCUGCUUGUUCUCAGCACCCAUCCAUUUGCAAGAAGGGACAUUAAAUUUUGGCCUACCAAUCCCACUACAUUCAGGGAUACACUGGACAAAUACUCAGCAGAGCUGAGAAAACUCACGGGAUGUUUAGUUAGGUUAAUGGCGAAAGAUCUUGGGAUAAAGAAUCCAGAUCUGUUGGGUAACCUCUUAAGCGAGCAUCUGCAAUCUGUGAGGAUCAAUUACUAUCCACCAUGCAAGCAUGCAAGCAAGGUGCUUGGCCUUUCCCCUCACAGUGAUGGCACUGGACUCACUGUGCUCCUCCAAGCAAACGAUGUCAAUGGAUUGCAGAUCAAGAAAGAUGAUAGAUGGUUUUCUGUGAAAGCAAGACCUGGGGCUUUCAUCGUCAAUAUCGGCGAUCACAUUGAGAUUAUGAGCAAUGGGAGGUACAAAAGCAUUGAACACAGAGUUGUGAUAAACACAGAGAAGGAGCGUCUGUCCAUCGCAGCAUUUCAUUCUCCACCGUUUGAGGUCGCGUUGCGACCAUUUCCAGAGCUCAUUGAAGCUGAAGAAGAACGUUACAGGGCCAUAACAGUCGGAGAUUUCAUGAAGGCAUAUAUGACAGAUAGACUGGAUGGGAAGAGGCUCCUCGAGUCGCUCAAGCUGAAGAAAUGAUGGCCCCUUCAAUUUGCUGCAACUGUUACUGAUUAUUUAAGCCAUAAUUUGUCUGAAAUUUGAGCGAUUUUAAGUAAGCAGUUUUAGAGCUUAUUGAGCGAAA